UCACAUGUCUCAGCUAGACGUGCCAAGUGUCAACGGAUGACCGAUUUUAGACGCUCAAGCAAAAUAAAUGAAAAAUAGACGCAUGAACCGUCUUGUAAGACGCAUGGCAUUUUUUAGAGUGUAUAAAAUAAAACCAAACACAUACUGAUAAAAAUUCGAACUUCCAUUAAAUAUAAACAAUUCUUCCGAAAUAAUUAAAGCUACACAUCAAUAGAUGCCGAAUUGAAUUCUCUACAAGAUGAUGUAUAGCUUAUCUUCGGGCAAUGUAUCCUUUCUUAAAAAAUUAAUUUUUUUCACAAUUUUUUUCAAUUUUUUUAAGAGAAACGUCAUAAUUCACAGGAUAUCAUCCAGAUGGAAAUGGAAUCUGCAUUUGACCUAUACAUCAUUCGAUGCAGAAUUAAAUUCUCUACAACAUGAGCUAGCCCUCCUCUCCGGGCAAUGGACAAUUUCUUUUGAAAAAUAUUUUUUUUAAAAUUUUUUUCCAUUUUCUUGGGUGGCGGAUCCCAAUGUUAGGAAUUUCUCACACAGAUGGAAAUCGAUUCUCUCUAUAUGCUAUAGAGGUGUUUGUAGAGAAUUCAAUUCUCUACAAGAUGAGCUGCUCCUGAUAUCCGGGCAAUGGAUACUUUUUUUUGAAAAAAGUUUUUUCUCAAAAUUUUUUUCCAUUUUUAUGGGUGACGGAUCCAAUUGUUUGGAAUUUCUCAACCCGAUGAAAAACGAUUCUCUCUAUAUGCUACAGAGGGGUUUGUAGAGAAUUCAAUUCUCUACAAGAUGAGCUAGCCCUGAUCUCCGGGCAAUGGAUACUUUUUUUUGAAAAAUAUUUUUUUUUUAAUUUUUUUCCGUUUUUAGGGUAGCGGAUCCAAUUGUUUGGAAUUUCUUAUCCCGAUGGAAAUCGAUUCUUUGUAUAUGCUAUAGAGGGAUUUAUAGAGAAUUCAGUUCUCUACAAGAUCAGCUUACCCUGCUCUCCGGGAAAUGGACAGUUGUUUCUGAAAAAUUAUUUUUUUUUAAUUUUUUUCCGUUUUUAGUGUUGGCGGAUCCAAUUGUUUGGAAUUUCCGACCUCGACGGAAAUCGAUUCCUUCUAUAUCGUAUAGAGGAAUUUGUAGAGAAUUCAAUUCUCUACAAGAUCAGCUAGCUCUGAUCUCCGGGCAAUGGAUACUUUCUUUUGAAAAAUAUAUUUCUUUUUAUUUUUUUCCGUUUUGAGAUAUUUUCUACUUAGAAUGAAUGGAUCAUGUAAUGGAACUACUAGUUUUUUUUCAACAUUACGUAAAAAAAGUUCCCUUUUCUUUCACGUUAGAAAGUCCAAGUUUUCUUCUCCCUAUAACUUCGUUGGCAAGCAAUCUCAAUGAAACUUUGAUAAUAUUCUUUCUUAUAAUAUUUCACUCUUGUUUGACUAUUUUUUAGAUACAACAGCACCAAAGAAAAACUCAAGAAGUUGCUUUGAUAUUUGUGCUUUUUUGAAGUGAUGUCCCUAAAUAAAAGUGAUCAUAGUCUAAGUUCUAACAGGUAAUCUAGUUGGAUGUUGUGAUUGAUCUCAUGAUUAAACCAUGCCGUUUUUAGAGGCUUUCGUGAUUAUGAAGAUGUAAAAUGUAUUGGCAAAGGUGGCUUUGCGAAAGUAUUCUCAGCAACCAAUAAAUACGAUCUAAGACGUUGUGCAAUUAAGUGCAUCAAGUUAACAUUAACUAACAAGGAAGAUGCUCUUAAAGAAGUACGCGUUUUGGUAGAUUUGUCACAUGAAAAUGUCAUUCAUUAUAUAUAUACUUGGAUUGGCAGUGACCAUGCUGACGAUACUAGAGAUGGAGAUAUCAGUCUUAGAAGUGGAUGUGAUAGCAAGAGUAACUCAUCAUCGAAGCCACUGCGGUCAAAUAAUGACAAUGAUGAAGAGUCGAGUUGGAAUAAUUUGCAAUCCGGAACAGAAAAUAUGACCAUUAAUGACAAAAAGAAAGUUGAUGAAAAAUUUGAUCAUUUACAUGAUGAAGCAAAUAGUGGUUUUACUUUCAAUGAAGAUACUACCAAUGAGAACAAUGACGAUAGUAAAAUGACAUCGAGAAACGAUCGACAACAAAACGAUCUUAUAUCUUCCUCCGGAGCGUUCUUUGAUAUGAUAAAACUUAAAGCACCCAUGAAAGAAUCAUAUGCUUCGAUCUCUUCCCAUUCAAAUACAGAGGAAGUAUCAGUGCAAACGAUCGAAUACUUGUAUAUUGUUACAGAACUAUGCCAUGAACAUACUUUAUAUGAUCGCUUACUACCGGAAAAUCGCCAAAAAGACGAAAUAAAUCGCAUUCGGGGAUUAGAAAUAUUCUAUCAAAUUGUAAAGGGAAUGGCCUAUAUUCAUAAGCAUGUAAAUAAACUGAUUCAUCGUGAUUUGAAACCCAAAAACAUAUUUUUCUCCUUAUCUGACGACCGAAUUAAAAUUGGCGAUUUUGGUUUGGCAAAAAUGAUAAUGACUGAUGAUAAUGACGAAUAUGAUUUGUUAGACAAUAACAAUCAUGCUGUAGUUUCACAAGCUGCUAAUCGAAAAUUGAAUUACAGUAUUACCAAUCCAGCUCGUGGAACACCUUCUUAUAGAAGUCCAGAGCAACAAAACAAUGAGCAACCAACACAGAAAGUUGAUAUUUAUGCAAUGGGUUUAAUCUUGUUAGAAUUACUAUAUUCAUUCUCUACGGAAUCUGAAAGAAAAGAAGUAUAG